GGAGGGAGGCGGCUCCGGUGUGCACGCGGCCGGUCUUGGCAAGUGGCUGCCUUCGCUAUGGAGCUGCAGCUCCCUUCCCCUUCUUUGGGUGCUGAGCCAAUGGCAUUAGGAUCCCCUUCUUCACCAAAACCAGGUGCUGGUGCUCAAUUUCUGCCUGGAUUUCUGAUGGGUGAUUUGCCAACUCCGGUGACGCCGCAGACUCGCUCUUUAAGUGGUCCUUCACUUGGUGUAAUGGAAAUGAGGUCACCAAUGCUUGCUGGUGGGUCUCCUUUACAACCAGUAGUGCCAACACACAAAGAUAAAGGUGGUGCUCCUCCAGUUAGAAGCAUCUAUGAUGAAGUAGCUAGCCCAGGUCUUGGAUCAACACCUUUGACUUCACGAAGGCCUGCCACUUUUUCUGUAAUACAGAGUCCAAAUGUUGGGUCUCUGCCAAUAACUCCUGGAACAGGGGCAAGUGUGUUUAGUCCAGCAAGUUUUGCACAACCUAGAAAAACUACCAUGUCACCAGCUCAGCUAGAUCCAUUCUAUACUCAAGGAGAUGCUUUGACAUCAGAAGAUCAACUUGAUGACACCUGGGUAACAGUGUUUGGAUUUCCACAGGCAUCUGCUUCAUAUAUCCUGCUACAGUUUGCACAGUAUGGAAACAUACUAAAACAUGUGAUGUCUAAUACAGGAAAUUGGAUGCAUAUUCGAUAUCAAUCAAAGUUACAGGCUCGGAAAGCCUUGAGCAAAGAUGGAAGAAUUUUUGGAGAAUCUAUCAUGAUUGGAGUUAAACCUUGUAUUGAUAAAAAUGUGAUGGAAAAUAUAGAUAGAGGGACUGCAUCGUCCCCAACUUCAGUCUUCACACCUCCAAUGAAAUCAUUUGCUGCCCAAGCACAGCCUUCAAGCACGCAAAGGAUCUCCACCAUGAGACCUCUAGCUACUGCAUAUAAAGCAUCAAGUAGUGACUACCAGGUAAUUUCUGACAGACAAACUCCAAGGAAAGAUGAAAGCAUUGUGUCUAAAGCUCUGGAAUACAUAUUUGGUUGGUAGUUGAGAAAAAACAAGAGUAAGCUUUCUUAGAACCUAUAAAAGACUGUCAGCACUUCUGGUUAGUUAUAUAACCAUUUGUGAUAGUAUCAGUUCUGCCUUCUAAAACUUUGGCACAGUUACUUGCACUUUAAUCCACAGCUGGGUUUAUACUUGACUCAUAUGUUAAAAUGGUUGCAAUCAAUGUUAAACUUAUUUCUACAGUAAUUGCAUGCUACAACUUAAAACGGACAGGUUUAUGUGAGGUUUUUUUCCCCCCAAUGAUGCUAAUACCUUCCAUAAUUUUCAAGUUGCAUGAUGUUCUUUCUACUUCAGGAAAUACGGUAUUGCUUGCUGCAAGAUGAAUUUAUGGAUAUUAUAUAAAAUGACUGGGAUAGAUUUUGUCAAUUUUAAAUUUGAAAGCUGUUCUAAAUGUAACCAGUCUUUAAAGGAACUUUGGACGAAUUGAUUCUAAUUUGGAAGAUGUGCUUUUAAAAAUCUAAAUAAAAAUUGUGGUGCUAUUGUUUUUUUGAGCUGAUGGUGGUUUUUGUAAACUGUCCAAAUACACUAUCAAUGUAUACAAAUACCACUGCCAGUAUUGUUAUGUGGCUUUUUGUGCAUUGGGACACAUUUAAUUGCACAGAAAUUUUUAAACUUCAAUGCUUUUACACGAUGACAAAUGCAUGAAGUGAUUUUAUCUAGGGCUUAUUUGGAAGCCUAAAUUUAGUUCUGACAAUUCCCCUUCUAAAUAUUAUGGAACCCUGGUCAAUAUUCAGUUUUACAUUUCCCAUCCUAUAGCAGUUUUAUUUCCACUGUCUUUAAAAUAUACACCAGGAGUUAUCUUAUCCUUUUGAAGUAGAUUUUGGAGGGAUAAUAGAAUAUGUUGUGCUGAUGCUGUUCUGUGGGUGAGAAGAUACAGGAUACUUCCCCAAAUGAUCUGAAUGCUACUGUAUCAUUAAAUAUGUCCCCAUUACAUUUGGUAGUUGGUAUAAGAAUUACUUAUUUAUAAUCUUGCCUUUUAAAUACAUAAGAAUAGCUAGACAAACUAAUAUUAAAUACAUCCCGCUGAAUGUUGAACUUGCACCAUUAUUUAGUAUCAUAAAUAAAAUACACAGUGUUAAGUCUGUUUUAUACCUCACCAUUAUACAAUUUGUAGAAUUCUCAAAACUAUACUGGUGCAUCAUGUGCAAGUCACUGAUAACUCAUAACCACUUCCUCUUCUGCUGCAAUUUUCAACAAUAUACUGUUUUCAAUGGAUUAGUCAAACUCUUGGUGUAGAAUAGAUAAAUUAAAUAUGACGCGUCAUAGCCCAGAUCCCUUCGGUUAAAUGGCUGUCUUUGCAGCAGAUUUUAAUAUUGUCAUUUUUUUAAGUACAAACACUGAUUUACUACAUUUAUAUCCAGUUUUUGUCUAGAAAGAUUAGCAGUUUUUAUCUUUAUAUUCUUGCAGCAAUAACAUUGGGAGAUAGAUGGGACUGAGAAACAGUAACUGGCCCAAGUUCAUCCCAAGACAGACUGGAAUUGUACUUGGAUCUCCAUGCUUCCAGUCCACUGUUGUAUCCACUGCACCACAUUAAGUCCUCUUUGAUGCUGCCAAGAUGGAAUUCACUAGUAAACAUGAGCUUCAGAACUCCAUUUAGUAGACAGUUGGCGGCUACUGAAAAAGGAAGCAAAAAGGAUCUAAACACAAUUUCAGAAAAUAAUGUUUCUUUCCUUGUUUAUACUGUUCAUUUUCAUCACUAAUACCUAUAUACUUCCACGCUGAUUGGAUCAUGUUCUUUUUUGUAUGAUAUAACUAU